AUGGAUGCUCAGUAUCCUUUUGCUUCUCGCGAUGAUAUUUGGCGAGUGUUCGAUGAAUUGAAGGAGCUACACAUCACCCAGUACGAGCAAGGAGAACGACUCGCACAGCUGGAGCGUCGCCGCGACGAGGAUGCUCGGCUGAGAAGCGCUUGGGGUCCUGUGUCACCAUUCCCGAACUCGGUUGGGCCAAUCGCUCCAGGUAGUCCCCCUUCUCCUUCACGAAUCAAUUCACCACUUACCAAGACAUCUAUCGCAGACCCCGCUUUCCACACUCCCCCAGAUGCUUUCAAGGGAUUUGACCAGGGACAUCACUCCGCAAUGGCCAACUCUGCUAUAGGAUUUGACAGCGAAGAGGAGCCUAGACGGGGUGCCUCACGAGCCAACAGUGUCCGUUUCGAUGAAAGUGCCAUCCACGGGUACGGCCAAGCCAGCCGUUCUAAUGAUCUUCCUCUUCGGACCGGUAGCGGAUUAAGUUCUCAUCCACUCCUCGAGCGGACAUUUUCUCACCAAUCUGAUGGAAGAAUGAGUUCAUCUGGUCACUCGCAUCAUUCCGCUCGCACGAAUAGCCUGCGCCUGAACACCCGCUUGUCGGGUACCACACAUAUGGAAUCACCUUUGAUCCCCCCUCCUGGCCUCUUCUUGCUGGGACCGGUCCCAUCCAUCAUUCGAUGUUGGUUGACGGAUACUUUCACCAAUGGCUCUCUCCUGUAUGCAGCUGUCUGCUCGGGAUCGUAUGUCUCAACUUUGGGUCUCUGCAUGAUCCGUGAGUUUGGGAUGGAAGACAUGAUUGUACGUGAGGACGAUGUGCAGUACAUCAAGCUUCCCCUUUAUCUUCCGGAAGCCAUCAUUCAUCCAUCUUCGUCGCGCCCAGGCACUCCUACUCACCAAGUCCCUGCGGUGACCAUCCGUUUUGUGGUUCGCGAGACAGAGGUCGGCAAUAACUCAAUCCAGAUCAUUAUUGGAAGCGAUGUGAUGCGCGCCCACAAUGCCGACAUCUUGUUCUCACAGGACAAGCUGAUCAUGGUGGAUGAUGAGCACAACCGCGUGUCUGUCCCUCUAGUGCGUCCUGAGCAAGAUUCGGUCUUUAAGUCUCUAUGCACUUCUCCAGGUACUCCUAAUUCUGGGGAUUCCUCGCUGGGGCCUCCUAGUAACGGAACUUCAUCCGUUGGUAUCAUUGGCCGGCCUGCCAAUGUUCAACAAAAGCCAGUUUCUGCGCCUCCAUCAGCUCGUUUGCCUGGUAGUGAGAAUGGCGAUCCCAACAAAUCCAAUGUUCAAAGCCAGGUCCACGCUCACUUCUCUACUAGGACGCGCUCAGCCGCUCCUAACGCGGCGAGUUCUGAAUCUACCAAAAACGACGAUCUGCCGCCUUGGGGUAGCUGGCGUCGUGACGCCAAGAAACCCACCAGUACUUCUCAAAAGGCCGCCGAAAAACGCGAGAUGAAAGUAUUCCGCACCGGGAAGUCCACUAGCCAUGCAAACUCUACGACUUCCGCUUCGGCCUCUAGUACUGCAACUGAACAUGCUGACAAGUCGUCUCUGGCACUUACUGCUGCCCACCAUUCCGACAAGCAUGGUGCACUCAAUCCCGUGGGCGGUGCAUCGGCAUUUGGAUGGCUUAACCAGCCCCACAACGCCUCAUCCUAG